AGGCGCUGGAGCAAGCGCGCCCAGAGUGGAGCUCAGCGGCUCGGAGCCAGCGGGGGAGCCCUGGGUUCCCGACCAUGAAACCCGUGGGCACGCCCCUCCAGAAGCUGUUAAUCUAAGACAAUCUAGUUUUCCUUUAUACAUCACUUAAGACACUUAUGAAGUUUCUUGUUCUGAAAUUGCUGUACUGCAAUGAAGAAGAGGAGAAAGGGGACUUCAGAUCUCGAUGAGAAAAUCCAUCUAGGCUAUCAUAAAGAUUCUUCUGAAGGAAAUGGUGCAGGGCAGUGUCAGCAAGUAAUCUAUGCUCCCUCAGAAAGACACACUCCGGGAGCUCUUCGCUGCUACCAGGACCUUCCUCCUUCCCCGGAGCAGAGAAAGCUUUUGAGCUCUUUGCAAUACAAUAAGAAUUUACUGAAAUAUCUAAAUGAUGACAGGCAGAAACAACCGUCUUUCUGUGAUUUACUUAUCGUCGUAGAAGGAAAAGAGUUCAGUGCGCAUAAAGUCGUCGUUGCUGUUGGCAGUAGUUAUUUUCAUGCAUGUUUGAGCAAAAAUCCAAGCGCCGAUGUUGUCACUCUGGAUCAUGUAACACAUUCAGUUUUUCAGCAUUUGCUUGAAUUUUUAUACACAUCAGAGUUUUUUGUGUACAAAUAUGAAAUACCUCUUGUUUUAGAGGCUGCAAAAUUUCUGGACAUUAUAGACGCCGUCAAGCUGCUAAACAACGAAAACAUCGCCAGCUUUCAGUCCGAGUUAACUGAAAGGUCAUCCCCAGAAGAAACAUUAAAUGAAUUAACUGGAAGACUAUCAAAUAAUCAUCAGUGCAAAUUCUGUAGUAGACAUUUUUGUUAUAAAAAGUCCUUGCAGAACCAUUUGGCUAAGACCCAUAGAUCCCUGUUAUUGGGGAAAAAACAUGGGUUAAAAAUGUUGGAGAGGGGUUUUUCUGCCAGAAGACCUAACAGGAACCGGAAAUGCCCCAUUAAGUUUGAUGACACCACUGAUGAUGAACCAGAAAGUGGUGAUGGGUCGGAUACUUUGAAUCAAGAUAAUUUUGAUAAAGAAAAGUCUGAUAGAAAUGAUUCUGAGGAUCCCGGAAGUGAAGACAAUGCUGAAGAAGAUGGGCUAGAAGAAGAAAUGUCAGAUGAAUCUUCUGACAUUGAAGAACACAGCGAAAAAGAUCAAAAUGAGGCAGAAGAGGAACCAGAGGCCGGUGAUGCUGUAGGAAAUAUUCAUGAAGGAUUAACGCCAGUAGUUAUUCAGAAAAGUAACAAAAAAAUAUUGCAGUGCCCCAAGUGUGAUAAAACAUUUGACCGAAUAGUGAAACUUCUGUUCAAGUCUUUUGACCACUUUCUCAGGGCUAUGGAGGUAUUAUUUCAUCUUGAAAAUGCACAAGAAUUUAUUUCCAUUAAGAAGACUAAGAGUGAAAGUUGGAAAUGUGAUAUUUGUAAGAAAUCUUUUACUCGAAGACCACACCUGGAGGAACAUAUGAUUCUACAUUCUCAAGAUAAACCUUUCAAGUGUACCUAUUGUGAAGAACAUUUCAAAUCACGGUUUGCACGACUAAAGCAUCAAGAAAAGUUCCAUCUGGGUCCUUUUCCAUGUGACAUAUGUGGUCGUCAGUUUAAUGAUACUGGGAAUUUGAAGCGCCAUAUAGAAUGUACCCAUGGUGGAAAAAGAAAAUGGACUUGUUUUAUCUGUGGAAAAUCAGUACGAGAAAGAACUACUUUGAAAGAACAUUUGAGAAUUCACAGUGGAGAAAAGCCACAUCUUUGCAGUAUUUGUGGACAAAGUUUUCGUCAUGGGAGCUCAUAUAGACUUCACUUACGAGUACAUCAUGAUGAUAAAAGAUAUGAGUGUGAUGAAUGUGGAAAAACAUUUAUUCGUCAUGACCACCUUACAAAGCACAAAAAAAUACAUUCAGGUGAAAAGGUUCAUCAGUGUGAAGAAUGUGGGAAAUGUUUUGGUCGUCGGGAUCAUCUCACUGUUCAUUAUAAAAGUGUGCACCUUGGAGAGAAAGUGUGGCAAAAAUAUAAAGCAACAUUUCAUCAAUGUGAUGUUUGCAAGAAAAUUUUUAAAGGCAAAUCAAGUCUGGAAAUGCAUUUUCGGACGCAUUCAGGUGAAAAACCAUACAAGUGUCAAAUAUGCAAUCAAUCUUUUAGAAUUAAGAAAACUCUAACAAAACACCUGGUUAUUCAUUCUGAUGCUCGACCUUUCAACUGUCAGCACUGCAACGCAACAUUUAAGAGAAAAGACAAGCUGAAAUACCACAUUGACCACGUUCAUGGCAUCAAAUCUCCUGAUGACUCUCUCAGCACCUCUGAAGAAAAGCUGGUAUCCUUGCCAGUGGAGUACUCAUCUGAGGAUAAACUUUUUCAAGAAGAAACAAAACAAUAUAUGGACCAGGCCAAAGUUUAUCCAUCAGAACCCAAGAGUGUGUUACAGAACGUGUCUGCUGAAGUAUGCGUUCCGGUGACACUGGUUCCCGUUCAGAUGCCUGACACGCAGAGUGAUGUAGUGCGGCACACCACCACACUGCCACCGUCUUCUCACGAGCUCCUAACGGCGCAGCCACAGCCCACGGAGUACCAGCGAGCAGCUGACUUAGCCUUCCUGGAAAAAUACACCCUGACUCCUCCACCUGCGAAUCUAGUUCAUCCAGUCCGACCUGAACAAAUGCUAGAUCCUAGAGAGCAGUCUUACCUUGGAACAUUACUGGGGCUUGAUAACACUACUGCAGUACAAAACAUUUCUAAUAAUGAGCACCAUUCAUGAAUCGCAGGCGUUUGGGAUGGUUACGUGCUAAUGGUCGCCAAGAGCUGAUGACAUUCAAAUUAAUAGAGUUAUGAUGUUUUUUGUUUUUCGUUUUAUUUAGCUUCUCAAGUCCUUAGUACAGUUUCAAAUCAAGAAAACUAUGUAUACCUGUUUACUGAACAGGUGCAUAUUUGGAUACAUUUUGAGGCCUAAUAUUCAAAGUGACCAUCUUGGGGAUUUUAAAGGAUUAAUGCGAAGUUUUAAUGGUUUCUCAAAAACCUUUUAAGAAUUAUUAGCUUUUGACACUAUAAGUGUUUCUAAAAUUUUGGUUUGGUUUUUUUAUCAUCAGCAGAAAUUUUUUUCUUCUAAAAUCUCAUUCCUCUUUGCUCUCUUACCUGCGCCUCAAACAAGUUGAAGGACCAUGUAGCUUUUAAGACGGAAAGUAAGAGUAUAUGUUGCUAAUUGCAACUGCACCUUAAGAUUCAUUAUUAUUUCAUUCAGAUUAUUUUAAUUGCAACUAGGAGUCUGAAUUUAUAAGGAUGUCUUGGCUAUUUUUCUUUUUUUCCCCAUUCAUUAUUUUAGAUAAUCAUUAACCCUUGAGCUUUUGACAAGCCUAAAGCCAAAAAAGCUUUCUAAUAUCAGAUUAGACAAUUAAUUACAUCUAGGCUUGAAAUAAUUACCUAGAUUAUUGAGUUAUCCUCAUACAUCAAUUAUUAUAAGAAAUCUAAAUAUAAGACUAAGCAUUCAAUUAUAUACAUUGAAAAUGUGUUCAAAUAUGAAGGUUGUAACUAGAUUUUUUUAAGGUAAGUUCAGUAAACUUUGCAGUAUCUUUCAGAAGCAUUAACAAGAUAAGCCCCAGCUUGUACCUUCAUUCACAACAGGAGAGAGAUCAUCACUCCUUAGUGAAAUGUACUGAGCAAGCCAUCUUUGUUUCGUUGACCUUUGCUGAUUGAAACUAUGGGAAACAGAGCCUAGACAUUGCAUGCUUAGUUAUGUGGUCUGAAAAUGUGCCAAAAUUUGUAUCUGAACUGAAAUGAAUAGUGCUUAUUUAAAUGGAACACAACUUGUAUGAAAUUUACACCUAAUACUGGUUUUGCUUUGCCUCUGACAUAAGCAUUAUAGCUACAUUUACCCUUGAUUUUAUUUUUCUAUGAAAUAGAUUUUGAGGACUUGUUGAAAGGAAAUAGUAUUCACAGCAAAAUCUCCCUGAUUAAAAUUAACUGAGGGAAGUCAGUCAAAAUUAUAAAAUACUUUUAAAAUGUGCACUUUCAAUAGUUUUAAAUCAAUUUAAACUUAAAUAGGAUAUUUCCUAGUGGUUGCUUGGAAGGAUUAAAAUAGCCCAAGGUGGUUAAUUAUUAGCAUAUAUCAUCUGUAUGUAAACUACUGGAAAAUAACAAUUUAAAAGUUUUCCCUUUUGGUCAUGUUUACACUCAUAAUUGCUUUAAGCACUUUCUUUGUGUAAACUGUAAAGUUUGGUCCAGCCCUUGUAAAAAAAAGAUCACAAAUAAAAUAAUGACCUUUUAAUUUAAUAAAAUUUAACUACUUAAUAGGAAAAAAUAUGUUUGCUAAAGCACUUAACAAGUGGAAGUACUUUCUGGCAACAUCAGCAUACUAGAGAAUUUAAAAAUAUAUAUUUGAAUGGAAGCAUUUGACCAAAGGAGCUCAUAAAAAUAAUAAAACCAACCUGAGUUUUGCCUCACUUGUAAGGGUUUGGUUGUAAUUAUUGUAGGGUCAGUAGACAUAGUUAAUGUAUGAAUUCUUUUUAAGCAUUAUUUACUUUUGUAUAGAAACAUUGUAUCUGGUAUACUUUCAUAACUGAGCUUGAAUACAUGAGGUACUAUUAGUCCGCUAGACUUUCAAAUUGACUAAAAAUAUAUUUCUUUGUGAUUUUUAUCAUAAAGACUGAUACAAUUUUAAAUACAAAGCUUAAUACAGUGGGGGAAAAGCCCGCCAUAACUUUAAUUGUACCCUGCCUUACAUAUAUAAGCCAAUGUAGAAAAACCUGGAUUUCUAAAAUGGUAAAUGGCGUUUAUAUAUGUCUGUGUGUAUGGCAUAUGUUUGGUAGCGGGGAAAGGAGCAUCGCAGCAUCGCUGUCUUACAUGGGAAAUGCCUUUUGCAGGUAUUUACUGUAGGAUUCAUUUAUGUGCGCCUGCUCUACGUAUAUGGUUUGGCUUGUAGAAACUGGUUUACAUAGAACUUUUCUGGAAUACAUCUCUUAUUGUAAAGUGAAAUAUUGUAUUUAGGUAUUAUUGUGAAUAAUACUUUUAUCGUAAUUAACUGUUUAUAAAACGCUCUCACAUAUGUUGUCUCAUUUGAACCUUAUGACCAGAUCUAAAAGAAGAAGAUCGUGCUGCAUUCCUGUUUUAGACGCGAGGAAAGGGGCUCCGUGACACUCACAUGAGGAAUCAGUGGCAGAGCCACUCACAGGAGAAGAAAACUAACCUUAAUGAGUGCUUACUAGGUGCCAAGCACUACUUCUCAUUUAACCAUAAACAGAUAGUGUCAUUUUUAUGAAGAUCCUCAGCAAACACAAAAACCAAUCUGCUGUCUCUAGUUCCCAAAAGUAUAAGAAAACUUUAAUUGUGAAAACCUCAUGGAUUUGGGCAAACUGAAUGUAUAUCAUGAUGUUAGCAUACAAAAAAAAUAUGAAAUGAGGACUACUCUCUUCAGAUGAUAUAAUGUUUGAUUUGAAGCAUUUUGGGACAAAUGUUCCAGUAACUCUAAAAUCAAUUACAAUUUUGAUUAUUGCAACUAAGUUUAGCCUCAUUCAGAAUAUUUUUAUUUUAUAACUAUAAUUUAUUGUUUUAAAUUAUUUUUAGUUGAUAGCACUUAGCAGUUAGCACUUAAUCUAUAAAUUGAAUUAUUUAUCAAGUCCAGAGAAAUUUCUUAACAUAAUUGUUUUUUACUUACAUGUACCAAAGAUUUUUGUAGGUAUUAAAUAGCUUAAGAAGUUAAAUUGUAUGUUGUGUCAAUAAAUGCUGUCCAAAGAAGCACCGUGGAAGUCCUAGGAUUAUGGAUUCUUUUUAAAAAUUGUUAGUUUGGGUACUACAGACUACAUGUUUGUAUUUAUGUUUAUAAAAAUAAGAGCAGGAGAAAAUACUCUGGGAAUAGAUAGUCAUACUGACAAAGCAAUUACAAGUAAGAAUGCUCAGUGUUUCUCAGUUUAAUUAAUUGAAUGUUGUCUUUUAAGUGGAUGCUAUCAAAUAUUAAGUAAUAAGCUUAUUUUUUACACUACACUCUUAAAAUAAUUUUUGCCUUAGAUUUUUUUAAAGUCAUGUUGAGGUUAUUUUUAUAUAAAACAAACAAUCAGCAACAAAACACCUAUUUUUUCACAACCUAAGUUACCAUUGUUCCUCAUCCCAGCAAGAUGUAACCAAUAACUGUACAAAUAGUGAUAUUUGUAUACUUUUAACUAACAGACAUUUAUUGCUGGGGAGAGGAGUAGCAAAACAAAUAGGGUUUUCAACUGGUGCUGUAUUAAGUGACUUCCUUUUCAGUGAUGGUAGGUCAUGAAGUAGGUACACUAACUUUCUGUCCAUUUAAAAUGUGUCAAAACAUCAUUUUUGGGUGAUUUUAGACUGUUAGUUAAGGGCUAAUAAAUAUUCAUGGAUUUUAAAUGUAAUUGCAGUCAAAAAGCACAAAGUGAUGCAUUUAUAAGCUUGAAUGUUCUCACCGCACCAUCUCUCUACUGUGUCCUUCAUUGGUGAGAAGUAGAUGUGGGGUGUCAGCUCUCUUACAGCAUCCUUUUAUACCCAUUCUUUUCUGGAUUGAAAGCUUUGUGCCUUUUCAAUGUGUUGUAUGUAGUUACUUAGAGUUGAUUCUGCUGAUUAGAUUGAACUGGUUAAUAAAUGGUAUUUCUGUUGUUUUUGUUGUUGUUAUUGGUCUUCUGUUAUAAUAUGUUGCCUGCUGGUUAGGCAACAAUUUUUUUUUGUGCUUACAUUUAUUUAGGGAAACUGACACUAAGUGUGAACAUUUGCAUUUUUCUAUAAUUUAUAAAUCAUAAUUUUUUUAUCUCUAGUGUGAUUUUUAUAGUUGCUUUGAACCACUCCUGGGCAUGUCUCUAGAUGCUAAUGGAAGAAUCUGACAAAUAAAGGAAAAUAAGAGUAAUGUGUCUCUCUCUCUAUCCCCUCA